AUGGGCCGUUUGCUGAAAUUUCCAUACCACCUUAAGGUACAGGUAUGUUACCCUGAGGCAGCAUCAGGCAUGAAAGUCAUAUCCGGAUCCUUGAGGCGCCGGUGUUGUGCUCAUCAGCUGUUCCCUUGGACGCCGCCGAUAAACCUCUCGUCUGUUAUGAUCAUGACCUCUCUGGAGACCAAUGGCAAUGGCAAUGGGAAUUCACUCAAGUUAUAUUACUGGUACACGUCCUUCUACUCGCAGAGGGUGUUGAUGGCCCUGUAUGAGAAACAUGUCCCAUUUAAAAGUCAGAUUGUGUCACUGCUUGCACAAGAGCAGUAUGAACCAUGGUUUUUAAGGCUCAACCCUCGUGGGGAGGUGCCAGUGCUUACAGAUGGAGUGAAGGUUAUACCAGACUCCGGUCGCAUCAUUGAAUACCUGGAGGACAACUUCUCUAAUGGCCAGUUCAAGCAGCUGACCCCAAAGGAGAAAGGCAGCGAGGAGAGUAAGCUCAUCCAAAGCUACCGUGAGUCCCUGAACGCCUUGCCCAUCCCUCUGCUCACUUAUGGAACGGCCCUCAACCCUGAGCUCCUGGACAACCCCAAGCCACCCUUCACUCCACCGGUUUUCAAGAAGAUGGCAGAGAUUAUGAAGAAGAGGCAUGUCAUCCUGAGAGAACAUGCUGAAAGGAUGCCGGAGUUUCGUGAUGCUCUCCUAAAGAAGGCAGAGGAGGCAGAGAAAGGUGUUCUUAAUAUCAAUACCACGCGAGAAGAUGUUGAGGAAGCCUUAAAGAAAGUUGAUGCCACGCUGCAGGAAGUAGAGGACCAACUCUCUUUACAUUUACCAGAGAAUGUAGACUGUUGGUUGUGUGGAUCAUUAUUCAGCAUUGCUGAUGUAGAUUUAGCUAUUCUUUUAAAUCGCUUGAAUCAGCUGGGAUAUGAACGAAGAUUUUGGUCUGAAGGUAAACGUCCAGCAUUACAGGCAUAUUGGGAACGUAUACAGAAGAGAGAUUCUUUUAAGAAGGCUACAUACUUCUCAAUUAAUGCAGUACAUAUGACUAUGCUAAGAGGAGUUCUAAAGCAGAGUAAAACUUUCCUGGCAUCUCUCACAGUUGCUUUGGGAUUUGUAGCGAUAUCUUAUAUUGUGUAUCGCCGUGUGCAACAGUCUUAGUAAGAGGAAGGCUCUUUUGUGCACUUUGAUUCAACAUGUACAAUGUGAAAUAUUUAGGUACUCAGUAUAUAGUUAUUUUAGUUCCAUGUUGUUUCAUAAAUAGCUAAAUUUAAAGUUUCAGAUGGUCUGUUUGUAACAGAGUUUUGUCCUGUUAUGUAGGGUUCCUGUCCCUGAAACCACAAUAGCCAAAGCACCUUCGACAUAUGGGACAGUUCAUUAGGGGUAAUGGUUAUGAAAAACAGUGAACCUACAUUAUUUGUUGAUGUUGUAAAGCAGUAUAAAUAAUGAGGCAUAAAAAAAAAAAAAAAAAAAAAAAGAAAGUGAAUGAUUGUUCUACACAUUAUCAUAAACAGAAGAGAACUGUAAUUAUGAGGUGAAAUUGUGUCUAGUGUAUGUAAUUCUGCCAAGAUCUUUGCUUGUGGAAUUUCAGACUUAAUAUGCAACAUGCUCUCCUCAGACAUAAGGACAGUGUAAUUCUAGAAUCCAUGUACCAUGAAUCUUCCUCUCCAUGUAAUUAAAAGAUACUAUUUUUCUUGAAUCUACCAGGAAAGGUGCUUUAGCAAUAAUUGGUGGUGGUGUAUAGCCUUGUUGUUUAAGGUUUGGUAGCACAAAAAGGCAGCACUAUUUGCUACUCACAGUUCAAGUUUGCUGUAUUUACAAAUGCAGAAACCUUGAUUAUUGAUUUACUUGCCAAGGUGUUUUGUUUAUGACUGCUAUUUGGUAAGUGUAAAGUGGAGAUUCUCUAGGUUUGAGAAGGACUGUUUAACUUUUUUUUUUGUUUAGAAUGGACUCUCAGGUUCAUAGUUUUUGUUUGGUGUCACUUAUUAAAUGGAUUUUUUUUUGUGUUGCCAUUUUAUGGAGCUAGUGUUUUUUAGCAGAAAGUGAAUGCAAAAUUGAAACUAGUCAAGAAUGUUAGCUAUUUAGUCCAACAUUUUAGGCUGUGGUCAUGAAUAUAAUCCUUGUGCAAUGUCUGCCUACAUUUUGAAAAUAUGAGACAUUAGAACUUGUUUUUGGUGGUGGGAAAUGUUUAAUUUUGAGAUCAUACAUAAAUUGCCAGGUUAUCUAGGGAAUGGACUUUGAUGUCUGUAAAGUUCUUUCACAGUCUGUGAUGGGCAUUGAUACAGAAGAUUGUAUAAAGUGAUACCAAUACAUCGAUACUUUAAAAUUGGCUGAAGUGAUUCCGAUACAUCGAUUCUUCGUAGAUAGCUAAAGUGAUACUGAUACCAAUACAUGUAUCACAGAUACUUUAAGAUACUGUAAGAAAAUAUCGUCAGUGAUGUGUAUAUAAUGAUUUGGAGAGACAGACACAGAGAUGCAUUAUCUGUGCUUAUCUGUACAGAUAAAAAGUCUUUAGAAAAAAUAUGAAUAAACAAGAAAUUACACAAAUUAUCAAUUAUUUCUUUCAUAUGUAAUAGAUAUUCUAUGGUAGAUAAAUUUCUUCCAAAUUUUAGAAAUAAAAUCCUGGGUAACAUAAUUAGGGUUGGAAUGAAAGAAGCAUAUUUCAAAAUUUGCCAGCUAAUGACACAUAAGUCUACACAAUAUCUAGACUUUCUAUACAGCACCUUAAUCCUGAAGUUUUCUCCAUUUAUCUGGUUUUGUCUAUUAUUCUAAAAAAGAUAACUUAGUUGUCUUCCCUAGCAAUAAGGGAUGCAUAUUUUGAAUUGUACCUUGAUUUAAUUUCUGCAGCACAUGAAAUGUCUUCAGAAGAAAUAAUAAUCUGAAUAAGAACUGAAAGAAAGAGAAGGGUCAUUUUGCAAUUCAUGAAUAUUAAUUUUAAUCACAAAUUGGUUAUGUAAAUGUAUCGAUGUAUUGAUUUUUUUUUCAUACACUGCAGCAAUACCGAUAAAACAAUACAGUUAUCGAGUUGCUAAGGCAAUACCGAUACGGAUACAAAAAUAUUGAUUGAUAUGUAUCACUGAUACAUGUAUCGAGAUAUUGCCCAUCUCUGUUCACAGUAUUAUGUUGAUUGAUACUAUAGAUUUCCUGACCAAUGUUAGUAAAUUUAUUAUGAAUUUUAUAUGAACUAGAGAAUCUUCCAUCUUUUUUAUAAUGAGCUUGUGCAGUAUAAACACAAUAAGAGGCAAAUAGAUUUUUAUACAGA